AUGAGCGUCACUUUCGAGGUCUUCCGCGGCUCCAAAGAGGGCAAGAUUGUGGCUGAUAAGACCACUCGCACCCUCCAGCCCAACGAAGUUUACAUUGAGACGAGCCACUCGGGUCUCUGUGGCACAGAUGAGCACUACCUUCACAGUGGAAUGGCCCUUGGCCACGAAGGUGUGGGAUCUGUCCGUCAAGUUGGCCGCGACGUCACCAGCGUGAAGGUUGGACAGCGCGUGGGUUUCGGUUACACCCACUAUGUCUGCGGAACCUGUGAGAAGUGCUUGACUGGAUGGGAUCAAUAUUGCGAGAACAAGAAAGAAUAUGGAUCCCAUGACCACGAUCUUGGGUCUUUCGGAGAGGGAACCGUUUGGGAUGCCGACUGUGUGAUUCCUAUCCCCGAUGGCUACGACUCUGCCGACGCCGCUCCUCUCAUGUGUGCCGGAGCUACUGUCUGGACUGUCCUAUCUGAGUAUGGUAUCAAGGCAACAGACCGUGUCGCUAUCAUGGGCGUUGGAGGCUUGGGCCACCUUGCCAUCAAGCUUGCAUCAGCCAUGGGUUGCCACGUUGUCGUGCUGUCCAGCUCUGAGUCUAAGCGCGAAGAAGCCUUCAACUUUGGUGCUUCUGAGUACCACGUUUUCAAGGCCGGCGAGGAGAUCCCCAACUUCAAGCCGGUGAACCACCUCCUGCUUUGCGGAAGUGCCAGUGUUGACUAUCCCUCCCUUCUUCCCUUGAUGGAUAUCCACGGAUCCAUCUACCCUCUCACCGUCGACCUCUCUGCCACCCCAGUGCCCCUUCUGCUCCUGAACCUUAAGGGUGUCCGCAUCCAGGGCUCCUUGGUCGCCUCGCGUUACAGUCUGCGCUCCUUGGUCGAGUUCGCAGCCAAGAAGAAGAUCACACCGACUACCAUGACAUUCCCCUUGACUGCCAGUGGUGUCGAAGAUGCUAUGGAAACUCUUCGCAACGGAAAGAUGAGAUAUCGCGGUGUUCUGGUCCGUCAGUAG